AGCUCCACUCCCAGGGCUGAUUCCUUCUUAUACUGCACAUUUGUGUUUUUCAGGAAAAGGAGGCGGCAUCUUUCCUCUAUCGGGAGGGGUCUCCGACUUACGUCUCUGUUACCUGGCUGGCCGGCUGGAAGCAGUGCUGCAGCCCAGCUAAUACAAAGCACUGCAGGAGCGGGCAGCGCUGGGGCUGUGUGGGUGGCACUGGGAGACUGGAGCGGUGCCCCUGCCAUACAGCUCGGCAGGAAAGUGAUGAAAUGGAUGGUUACUGGGAAUAGGCGGCUGCAUGUAAUUGUGAGCUCUGGGGGUUACCUGCCUGGAAGCCGGGAGUGGAAGCUGCUUCUAAUCGCGCUGUGUCGCUCCCUGCGGCUCUCAUCCCAUCUGUUGCUCCGGAGCCGGCUGGGCGCCUGGCACAGUGCAAGUUGGCUGAACCCCGGGACAGCUGGGCAGGGAGUAGGGUACCGGGGGUUACUCGCCUCAGCCUGACAGCAGCGAUAUUGGGGACCCCUGUCUCCCCUGGAAUCCAUGUUUUGAAACGGAGGGGACUCUGCUGCCGGUGCAGGUGAAGCACAGAGCCAGAGAAUGGAGAGGCGGUGAGAAAGCAAUGGUCAACCCCGGGCCCCCUGGCCUCAUCGCGGGGCUCCUCCUGGCCGCCUUGUCCCUCAGCUCUGUAGAUGGCACUAAGGCACUGGGAUUUGUGGGUCAUGGAUACAACAUGACUGUGUCUCAGGGGCAUGAAGCCAAGCUGAACUGCAGUUUGCAAGGCAUGGAGGAGCCUGAGAUUCAGUGGCUCAAGGAUGGGGUCCCUGUACAGAGUGCUGACCAGAUGUAUAUUCCAGUGGAUGAAGAUCACUGGAUCAGCUUCCUAAGCUUAAAAAAUGUGGAGCGCCCGGAUGCUGGCAGAUACUGGUGUGAGGCAGAGCACAGUGGGAGAAAGUCUGUAUCAGAUGCCAUUUGGGUUAUGGUGGAAGGUGUACCAUAUUUUACUCUCGAGCCAAAAGAUCUGUCUGUGACUCCAAACUCUCCAUUUAACAUGACUUGUGCGGCUGUCGGACCACCUGAGCCUCUGGUCAUUUUUUGGUGGGUGGGAGAUUCCCCUCUGGGAAAAUCCGAAAGUUCUCCAUCUGUCUUGCAAAUUCCAGGGAUCCGUGAAAGAACUGCAUUUUCAUGUGAAGCUCACAAUGCAAAGGGAGUUUCCUCCUCCAGAACAGCCAUCGUUGAAGUCAAAGGCCUGCCUUACCCACCAUUCAAUGUAACUAUAAGCAAAGUGACCGGCAGUACUGCAACGGUGACAUGGAGUCCAGGGUUUAAUAGCUUCUCCCUGAUCAAGUCAUGCACAAUCCAGUUCCGAGGUUCUCAAACUGCGGGGUCAGCUUCACCAAAGGGUCCCAAAGUAGUGGGUGAAGGUCCAGGCUCAAAGGUUCAGUCAUUGCACGGUAACCGGGAAAUGUACUCACGGCUCACCUCGGUCCCUCCUUUUGCUGUUGUGUUAGACGAUCUUCAGCCAUUGACAAAUCACAGCGUCCGUGUGCAAUGCACAAACGAAAUGGGGGCUUCUCCCUUUAGUGAGUGGAUAACAUUUAAUACGAAGGAGAAAGUGCCACAGCUUAUUCCUCAGAAUGUCCACAUGACCAAGACAGAUUCCUGCUUGCUCUUAGACUGGGAAGAUGUAGAUCCGGACAAAGAAGGAUACAACAUUCUUGGUUUCAAAGUGCAGUGGGAACAAGAAAAUACCACACAAGGUGAAUUGUUUGUACAGGAGAACCAAGCCAAUCUUACCAAGUGGAACCCAGAGAAGGAUCUAACAAUAAGGAUUUGCAUAGCCAAUGCUGCUGGUUGUGGACCUUGGAGUGAGUUUCUCCUGGCAGGAUCAAAGGAGGAAGCUGGCAAACAAAGGCACCCACAUACCAGAAUGUCUUGGGUUCCCAUGGUUUUGGGAAUCCUCACUGCCUUAGUUACAGUAGUCGCAAUGACCCUUAUAUUCCUGAGGAAGGGAAGGAAAGAGACACGCUUUGGGAAUAUGCUGGGCUCAAUGCUAGGAAGAGGAGGGCCAGUAAUUCAGUUUACAGCUGCCAGAUCUUUUAACAGGAGGGGACCUGAGGUGAUGGAAGCCACAUUGGACAGCAUUGGAAUUAGUGAUGAGCUGAAAUCCAAACUUAAAGAUGUACUCAUACAACAGCAGCAGUUCACUCUAGGGCGGACACUAGGAAAAGGUGAGUUUGGGUCUGUCAGGGAAGCCCAACUAAAGAUGGAAGAUGACACCAUGCAGAAGGUGGCAGUAAAGAUGCUGAAGGCUGAGAUUUUCUGCUCCAGCGAUAUUGAAGAAUUUUUGAGAGAAGCUGCUUUUAUGAAGGAGUUUGACCACCCAAAUGUCUGCAAAUUAAUAGGUGUAAGUUUAAGAAGUCGUACAAAAGGAAGGCUUCCUGUCCCCAUGGUCAUCCUGCCAUUUAUGAAACAUGGAGACUUGCACACUUUUCUGCUGAUGUCCCGUAUUGGGGAAGAACCCAUUGCGCUGCCUAUACAAACCUUAGUCAGGUUCAUGAUUGACAUCUGCAGUGGGAUGGAAUACCUUAGCUCUAAAAACUUCAUCCACAGGGACCUUGCCACCCGUAACUGCAUGUUGAAUGAAGACAUGACUGUGUGUGUGGCUGACUUUGGUCUCUCCAAAAAAAUCUAUAGUGGCGACUACUACCGCCAAGGCUGUGCUUCCAAACUUCCUGUAAAGUGGUUGGCGUUGGAGAGCCUUGCGGACAAUGUUUACACUGUGCACAGUGAUGUGUGGGCAUUUGGUGUGACACUCUGGGAGAUAGUGACUCGGGGACAGACACCCUAUGCUGGUGUGGAAAAUUCUGAAAUCUACAGCUACCUCACUGCAGGGAACAGACUGAAGCAGCCGCCGGACUGCCUGGACGAGCUAUAUGAGAUGAUGUGCCAGUGCUGGAUCACUGAGCCCAAAAGAAGACCCAGCUUUGUGGACCUAAAGCGACGGUUAGAAGCAAUUUGGGGGCGGCUGUCAAUCCUAUCUGCCAGUCACGACCAAUUGUAUGUGAACCUUGGGGAGACUUGUGGCGCAGCUGCAGCUGUUUCCGGACUGCACUCUGCAUUUUGCAAAGAGGAGGAUUAUUGUGCAGGCCCUUCACAGACAUGUGGCACAUCUGCAAUCACUAGCGACUAUCGCUAUAUUGUGAACCCAGGGUGCCUUAGAGAAGGGAAUGAGUGGUCUUCUAGUGCCCAAAAUGGGGAAGCACGUGGGCUUCUGCACGAAGAGGAGGAGGAGGAGGAAGAAGAAGAAAUGCAGGAAGAACAAGUUGUCAUUACCCUUUAGCAGACACCUCUCAUAAUUAGUAUUUUCCUUUGAGUUAGGUUGUGAUACCUUUUAUGGGCUACUAAUCUAAGUAGAGGGCAGGCUUGGAUUUGGUUUCAGAAUUUACAUCUGUGCUUGCUGGCUUUGUAUUCCCUCCAGAUCUUCAAAUAUGGUAUACAAAGGGAUAAUAUGCAAUAUUAUCAACCACUUUCUUUUGUAUCAUAUUGUACUCCCCCAUUCUGAAUUCAUCAGCAAGUCCUUUGAAAGAGGCAAAGAAUGAUGCCUAGACAUAAAUAUCUCUGUACGGGUAUUGGAUCUGUUAUGCGGAUAGCGGUGGAUCUGGGGCUUUCCCAGAUAAGGGAUUGUUUUGCCAUCACCAUUGAUUCAUGCUUGCUUAAUAAACAAGGUACUGCCUUAUUACAAAAGCUAACCAAACUAAAAAGUAAGAUUUCUUUGUUAAAGGGAAAAUGUUGCUUUGUAACAAAUAAUUCAAUUGUUAUAGAUGUUUUAAUAAAUGGGCAAAAGGGGCAUUUGCCCAGGGCCCACUGGUACCCUAAAGUGGCCCUGUUAAGUAAACCUUUUUCAAAAACAGUGUUUUUAAAGCAGAAUUAUUUUUUUCUUACAGUUUCUUCCUUAGCCUAAACAUUAUUUUCCAAUUGCAACCAGCUCGCUCAUGCUGGCAGAUUUCCCCUGCUCUAAUAGGCCGAUUCCUGCAGCUGACUAACAGCAUGGCUUAGUUGUUUGCAGUAGGAAAAUAAUGUUAGAUUAAGAAAUAACACUACUGGAAAUUUCAUAUUUAUAUAAGAAAAAAAUUAAAUCAUAAAACAAUAUUAUUAAGCAUCCAUUACAGUGUGGAGUCAUAUUCAUAUUAAUGACUAUUUCCCCUAUUUCCCAUUCUGGAUAAUGGGUUUCUAAAUGAUAGAUCCUAUACCUGUUUCAGAAUUUAUAUUCUAAUCAUUAUCACUGGUAAGUUUAUUUCCAGUUACAAUCUAUACAUUGAUUCUUCAGGUGCAGGACAUCUAUUUGCCAGUAGAGCAUUGAAAUAGAAAUCCAAAUCCUUAUGCUACGGUUUGUCUGAAGAAUUGAUAGCUUUAGAUCCGAGCUUCCAUUAUAUCUCCUUGGGUAUUAUUUAAGUCUCUAAAGCUCAGUGGUAGAGGUCCACUUAAUGGUACCACAGCCGACAGCGUGAUCGCAGCCACUUGGAAAGCAACGCACUGUUGAACAAAAGACUUAUAUUGCGCAUCCGACGCUCUCAAGUUGAGCCCAUGAACAACUAAUCUAAAUGCAAUAUCUGAAAUACUUUGUUCAGAGGAACUUCUGCUGCAUUUUCAGGAUACGUGACUCUUUUUUUAAGACUUUGACAUCCGUCAAAACGUGGGAACUGUACAAACUGAUAUUAACUGGUGUUUCCUGCGUAAUUGGCAGCGGCAUUACUUUGUACAUGAAUUCUUACCUUGGUAGAAACAGGGUGGCAUGUGUCCUAUAUACUUUUUAUUGGAUCCCCUUUUCCAUCUAAGUAAAUAAAUUCUAUAUUGUUGCUCCAGAUCUUAUCAAAUUUAAUAUUUUGCUAGAUAAUGUGAUUUUUUUCAGUCCUUUAGCUGGCAGAAGGACCUCUAUGGCAUGUGUAUGAUACAACAAAUUCUAUCAAUAAAAAGGACUGAAAAAAAAA